AUGGCUCUUAGGACUCCCAUCACAGUGGGGGGAGGCACCCCUCGCAAGGCGGAGACUGAGAGCCAUCCACUCUUCCCCUCCUGGCUCUUGGGACGCCCAUCGCAGACCCCCAUCGCGGGGGGGGAGGUACCCCCCGACACCAAACGCAGGGGAGGAGGCACCCCCCGCAAGGCGGGGACUGAGAGCAAGCACCUAUUUCACCCCUGGCUCUUAGGACCCAAAUUGCGGGGGGGGGAUGGCACCCUCCGUGAGGCGGGGACGGAGAGCCAGCCAAUUUUCCCCCUGGCUUUUAGGACCCCCAUCGGAGGGGGGGAGCCACCCCCCAUGAGGACCCCCAUCGCAGGGGGUGGAGGCACCCCCAGUGAGGCGGGGAAUGAGAGCCAGUGCCUCUUUCCCCCCUGGCUUAGGACCCCCAUCGCGGAUUCUAAGAUCCUUAGGACCCACCUGGAGGACUGUGGACCUGACCUCCGGGACCAGGCUUGGGCAUCAGUAGACUGGGAACUAUACGUGAAUGGGAGCAACUUCUUCAACCCCCAAGAAGAGAGAGGUGCAGGGUAUGCAGUGAUAACCCUGGGCACUGUUGUUGAAGCCAGAUCGUUGCCCCAGGCCACUGCAGCCCAGAAAGCUGAACUCAUUGCUUUCAUUGGGGCCUUAGAACUCAGUGAGGUCCUUGCCAAAACGGUGAGGCAGCGGUGUGUUACCUGCCGACAGCAUGAUGCGAGGCAAGGUCGAGCCGUUCCGCCCGGCGUACAAGCUUAUGGAGCAGCCCCCUUUGAAGAUCUCCAGGUAGACUUCACAGGGAUGCCAAAGUGGGAAGAUUUCGACUGCCCUUACGGAUCGGCUGAGAUAACGGGCCUGCGUUUUUGGCGGCCUUGGUACAGAAGAUGGCAAAGGGUGUCCAAGUCACAGCCACGGAAUCUCACAGGUGUCUGAGAAUUCCUCCUCAUGGGACUCUCAGAGGAUCCAGAACUGCAGCCCGUCCUCGCUGGGCUGUCCCUGUCCAUGUAUCUGGUCACGGUGCUGAGGAACCUGCUCAGCAUCCUGGCUGUCAGCUCUGACUCCCACCUCCACACCCCCAUGUAUUUCUUCGUCUCCAACCUGUGCUGGGCUGACAUCGGUUUCACCUCGGCCACGGUUCCCAAGAUGAUUGUGGACAUGCAGUCGCAUAGCAGAGUCAUCUCUUAUGUGGGAUGCCUGACACGGAUGUCUUUCUUGGUCCUUUUUGCAUGUAUAGAAGACAUGCUUCUGACUGUGAUGGCCUAUGACUGCUUUGUAGCCAUCUGUCGCCCUCUACACUACCCAGUCAUCGUGAAUCCUCACUUCCGUGUCUUCUUAGUUUUGGUGUCCUUUUUCCUUAGCCUGUUGGAUUCCCAGCUGCACAGUUAGAUUGUGUUACAAUUCACCUUCUUCAAGAAUGUGGAAAUCUCUAAUUUUGUCUGUGAGCCAUCUCAACUUCUCAAGCUUGCCUGUUCUGACAGCGUCAUCAAUAGCAUAUUCAUAUAUUUCGAUAGUACUAUGUUUGGUUUUCUUCCCAUUUCAGGGAUCCUUUUGUCUUACUGUAAAAUUGUUCCCUCCAUUCUAAGGAUUUCAACAUCAGAUGGGAAAUAUAAAGCCUUCUCCACCUGUGGCUCUCACCUGGCACUUGUUUGCUUAUUUUAUGGAGCAGGCAUUGGCGUGAACAUGACUUCAGCUGUGUCACCACCCCCCAGGAAUGGUGUGGUGGAGUCAGUGAUGUACACUGUGGUCACCCCCAUGCUGAACCCUUUCAUCUACAGCCUGAGAAACAGGGACAUUCAAAGCACCCUGCGGAGGCUGCUCAGCAGAACAGUCGAAUCUCAUGAUCUGUUCCAUCCUUUUUCUUGUGUGGGUGAGAAAGGGCAACCACAUUAA